AUGAAGUUGCUGGUUCAGCUUAGUAUUCUCUUCCUCUGUCUCAUCGCCUGUAAGCUCACUGAUGCCAGAGCCUUCACCCCUGAAGGAGUUCCAUAUGAUGAGCCCCCGGCAGUCCCCUACUGGCCCUACACCACCUCAGACUUCUGGCACUACGUAGAGUACUUCAGGUCCAUUGGAGCCUACAACCACAUCAAUGAAAUGGCUCGGGCCUUCUAUGCUCACCAACACCUGGGAGACACACUGGGAUAUGAGACCAACGAGGGACAUGAACAUUGA